CUUUCCUGACGCAAGUGCCCGGCAAGGCUGCUGCACGCCUUUAUUUUGUGGCCGCUGUACAGCAAAACUGGAUUUUAUAACGACUCAAAGUGGACAGACACACAACGGGAUAACUUUUACAAGGACGUAGAUUGACAGCUUUCUUCAGCAAUGUCUCGUUUCUUUGCCACCGGGUCUGACAGUGAGUCAGAGGAGUCCUCAUCUGGAAGUGAGAUCACCCCCAAAGCACCCGGGACAACUUUCAAGCAGUCCUUGCUUCUUAGUGAUGAUGAGGAAGACACUAAGAGAGUGGUGCGCAGCGCCAAAGACAAAAGAUUUGAGGAGUUGACCAACCUCAUCAAGACUAUCCGCAAUGCUAUGAAGAUUCGUGACAUGGCCAAAUGUCUGGAAGAGUUUGAGCAGUUAUGUCGAGCCUUCCUCAAAAGCAAAAAUAUAGUGGACAAAGAGGGUGUUCCUGCUUUUUAUAUCCGCCUUCUGGCCGACCUGGAGGACUAUCUGAACCAGCUGUGGGAGGACAAAGAGGGCAAGAAGAAGAUGAACAAAAACAACGCAAAAGCCCUUAGUACACUGCGUCAGAAGAUCCGCAAGUACAACAGAGAUUAUGAGACAGAAAUCGCUGCGUACAAGGAGAACCCACAGGAGUCUGCAGAUGAAGAGGAGGAGAAGGAGCCAGAGGAUUCUGGCUCCUCUUCUGACAGUGAUGCCGAGGGAGGUGAUGAUGGUGUAUCAGCCAAGUCCUUCUUGAAGAAAAAGCCUGAAGCUGCUCCAGAGGCCAGCAAGUUCCUCAAGUCUGCCAAGGGAUCUGGGGAUGAGUCCUCUUCUAGUGAUGAGGAUGAUGAUGAUGAAGACUGGGGCUCAGACACAAUAGACAGUGGCAGCGAGAGCUCAGAUGAAGGGGAGGGAAAGAGCGCUUCCCUGGCUGUGGUCUUCCUCAAGAAGACCCAGGAAACUGAGAAGUCCAGCGAAAAGAAGAUUCAGAAGAAGAAGAAGCCCAAGAAGAAAGAGCGGCUAGAGGAGGAGGCUGAGGAGGAGGGAGGAGAGGAGGUUGAGGGAGGCUGGGAGAAGGUGAAGGGAGGCGUCCCCCUGGUCAAGGAAAAGCCUAAGAUGUUUGCCAAAGGCACAGAGAUCAACACAGCAGUGGUGGUGAAGAAGCUGAAUGAGAUCCUGCAAGCCAGAGGCAAAAAGGGCACAGACAGGGCUGCCCAGAUUGAACUGCUCCAUGCUCUGGCAGCCAUCGCUGCUGAGAAUAACUUGGGCCAAGGUAUCCUGGUCAAGAUUAAGUUCAACAUCAUUGCUUCCCUGUAUGACUACAACCCCAACUUGGCAGCUUUCAUGAAGGCCGAUAUGUGGAAGAAGUGCCUGGAUUGUAUAGAUGAGCUGCUGGACAUCCUCUUUGAGCACAACAACAUCUUCAUCGGGGAGAACAUUGCAGAGGACAGUGAGAAUCUGGCCGUCUCCGAACAGCCAUUCAGGGUGCGUGGCUGCGUCUUAACGCUGGUGGAGAGGAUGGAUGAAGAGUUUACCAAGAUCAUGCAGAACACUGAUCCCCACUCACAAGAAUAUGUUGACAAUCUGAAGGAUGAGGGACGGGUUUGUGGCAUCAUUGACCGGCUGCUGGACUACUUGGAGAACAAGGGCAGCACAGAGGAGAUUUGCCGCAUCUAUCUGCGCAGGAUCAUGCACACCUACUACAAGUUUGACUACAAGGCCCACCGGCGCAGCCUGGGCAUCCAGGGAGAGACCAAGUCCGAGCAGGACCAGGAGGAGAGCGAGGGGGAGGACAGCGCUGUGAUCAUGGACCGUCUCUGCAAGUUCAUCUACGCCAAGGAUCGCACCGACCGUAUCCGUACCUGUGCUAUCCUCUGCCACAUUUACCACCACGCUCUGCAUUCACGCUGGUACCAGGCCCGCGACCUGAUGCUGAUGAGCCACCUGCAGGACAACAUCCAGCACGCUGACCCACCUGUACAGAUCCUUUACAACAGAACCAUGGUCCAACUGGGCAUCUGCGCUUUUAGGCAGGGCAUGAUUAAAGAUGCCCACAAUGCCCUGCUGGAUAUCCAGUCCUCUGGCCGCGCCAAGGAGCUGCUGGGUCAGGGUCUGCUCAUGAGGAACAUGCAGGAGAGGAACGCCGAGCAGGAGAAAAUUGAAAAGAGAAGACAAGUGCCAUUCCAUAUGCACAUCAACCUGGAGCUGCUGGAGUGUGUGUACCUGGUGUCAGCCAUGCUGCUGGAAAUCCCCUACAUGGCCGCCCAUGAGUUUGAUGCCCGCCGCAGGAUGAUCAGCAAGCAGUUCCAUCACCAGCUGAGGGUGGGAGAGAGACAGCCACUGCUGGGACCCCCAGAGAGCAUGAGGGAGCACGUGGUGGCCGCCAGCAAGGCCAUGAAGAUGGGAGACUGGCGUACCUGCCACUCAUUCAUCAUCAAUGAGAAGAUGAACAGUAAGGUGUGGGACCUGUUUCCUGAGACUCAGCGAGUACGCGAGAUGCUUGUCAGGAAGAUCCAAGAGGAGUCUCUGAGGACUUAUCUGUUCACGUACAGCAGCGUGUACGACUCCAUCAGCAUGGAGACACUAUCUGAGAUGUUUGAGUUGGAGAUACCCACAGUUCACAGCAUCAUCAGCAAGAUGAUCAUCAACGAGGAGCUGAUGGCAUCACUUGACCAGCCCACACAGACUGUUGUGAUGCACCGCACAGAGCCCACCUCCCUGCAGAACAUGGCUCUGCAGCUCGCUGAGAAACUGGGCGGCUUGGUGGAGAACAACGAGCGCGUCUUCGACCUCAAACAGGGUGUCUACGGAGGCUACUUCAACAGAGAUCAAAAAGGUGGCUACCAACAGAAACAGUCCUACCAGAGAGAUCAGAAAGGUGGAUAUCAGCAGAAACAGGGGGGCUACCAGCGAGGCGGCUACAGAAAUCAAAACCAAAGCAACUACUGAGCUUGGACCGUGUGGAUUUCAGUCUUGCCACCUGAAUUAGUCUUCAUUCCAUAACAACCACCACCUGGGUUUCUGUGCUUGGCACUUGGCCGUGUGCUGUUCUCUCUCAUUUGACUCAAAACUGAUCCUGAAAUAGCUGAAAGUCAUUGCAGCACAAGCCUUUCUCACUGUAACUGCAUGGGGUGAUAUUCCAGUACAUGAAGAGUUUUAAGGUUAUUGAUGAUAGAACAUUGUACAAAAAGGGCAUUGCAGUGUGGCUAGCUUGUGGCAGUGCAGUCAGACGAUAGACGCUUCAAGUAUUGUUGACUUAUACUUAACAAAUAAACAAUAAUAAACAGUGAA